GCAUAAAAACAAUGGAGGUGAGCAAAUUAUUGGAAGUGUGCGAAAUCAUGUAGAUGGGUAUUGCGCGUCAACAAACUCAGUUUUCGAAUACCUGGGUUGCGUGUGGCAUGGUUGUACGAUGUGCGAUACAAACAAGGAUGGUAGUGGAAAUCUGUUGGAACGCCAUCAGCGUAUGGAAAAGUCGGUGGAACAGCUCAAUAAAGAAACACUGCAACGGUUGAAACGUUUGGAGACUGAAGGGUAUAAUGUCCAUUUUAAAUGGGGGUGUCAGUGGCGGCGUGAGCAACAGGAUCCGGAGAUUCGAAACUUCAUAUGCAAAAACAAACCCGCGUGGAAACACCCCAAAAAUGAAAAGUCGGGUAAGUUUAUUAUGGUAUACUGUUUGAACACUACUGACGUUUAACGUUUAGGAAAACUUUAUAUGGAUUUGCCGAAGUGGAUGUAAGUGUACCAGAGCACUUGCGAAGGAUAUACAGCGAAUUCCCUCCAUCUUCAAAAACCAUUUGGUAUAAGUAUUAUUCUAAAAAUAUACACACGCUAACUACUGACUUGUAGAUUUCUCGAGAUGAUAUUGUGUGGACCUCAUAUGAGAAGGCUUUCGCGGAGAAAAAUAACAUCAUGAGCUCACCGAGACGUAGCUUGAUCAGCAGUUUCAAGAGGGAAAAACAAACUUUCGCGACGCCGCUGCUAAAGUGGUACUUGCAAAAAGUUAAUUGGAAAUUCAGCAUAUGGAAAACCUUGACCAACAAGCUGAAGUUCAAAGAUGUUGUCUUCAAAAGGGAACCUCUUGUUAACAACAUGAUAAAGCGAAAACCUUUUGUUCACUGUGACGAGAUUGCCACGGACCUCUAUGAAAUCCAUAUGAGAAAGGAACAUAUACACCAAGACCUCCCGAUACAAAUCGGGGUGUUCGUAUAUGAUCUGGCAAAAUUAAAAUUGUUACAGUUUGUUUAUGAUGUAUUAUUCUUAUUUAUUGAUCCGUCUAACAUUACCCUUGUGCAGUGUGAUACUGAUUCAAUGUACUUUAAUUUAUCCGCAGACUCACUCGAUGAUGUUAUUAAGCCCGAGUUGAGAAAACGAUUCUUUACCGAAUACGGUACUUGGUUUCCUGCCUUGGCGUGUGGAUGCUCACAACGCUCAGUUUGUUGAAACCAGGACAGCCUUUAAGGCUUGGGUUCCAUAUGAGUGUUGCAAACAACGAACUCUUUGACAAACGCACAUUGGGGUUGUUUAAAGUUGAGUAUAGUGGUAACCGGUAUUGUUGCUUUGAAUUCUAAAACAUACUACUGUACCGGGGAUGUUGAUAAGAUUAGCAGCAAG